AUGUCGAAUUCCACGUUUACAGACCUCCCUCCUCUUCCUCCCUACUCCUUAACCCCGCGUCCGCCUAUGAUACCUGGCAUAUCCGAUGCCGUCUUACAACUACUGGCUCCCAUUGUCGCGUAUUGGGUGGUCUCCCUGUUCUUCCACAUGCUCGACACAUACGACCUGUGCUCGCAUUACAGACUACACACUCCGGCCGAAGUGCUCAAACGCAACCAUGUUACAAGAUAUGAGGUCGUCAGGGAUGUGAUUCUACAGCAAAUCAUUCAGACGGCAUUCGGGUUAGUGGUCGCUUCUUUUGAUCCUAUCGAGACAGUCGGCAAGGAAGAUUACGAUGUUGGGGUGUGGGCUCAGCGGCUACGUCUGGCAGAAGAUUACAUACCAAAAUCACUCACGGUCGUCGGCAUUGAUGCCUUGUCGUUUGCGCAAAAGCUGUCAACAAAAUAUCCUCAACUGGCCGGUCUCCUGGCUGGAGGGCGCUACCCGACGCCAUCGUUUGCGCCGUGGGAACUCGCAACAGCGAAGCUGAUCUAUUGGGCCGCCAUCCCGUUCUUGCAAUUCUUUGUUGCAACACUCAUUGUCGACACAUGGCAAUACUUCCUGCACCGAGCCAUGCACAUGAACAGGUUCCUGUACACCACUCUCCAUUCUCGGCACCACCGUUUGUACGUGCCUUACGCAUUCGGAGCCCUCUACAACCACCCCGUGGAAGGCUUCAUGCUUGACACGUUGGGUACCGGAGUGGCAUAUCUCGUUUCAGGGAUGACCGUGCGACAGGGCAUGUGGUUCUUUACCUGUUCAACGAUCAAAACCGUUGAUGACCACUGCGGCUACGCCUUCCCAUGGGAUCCGCUCCAGCAUGUCACGUCGAACAAUGCUACUUAUCAUGAUGUGCACCACCAGAGUUGGGGGAUCAAAACCAAUUUCUCCCAACCUUUCUUCACCUUCUGGGAUCGUCUCCUUGGGACAGCCUGGGCCGGAGGAGAUGUGUCUGCCCGCUAUGAGCGCGAUAGGAUCUCCGCACAGAAGAAAGUCGAUGCCGAUACUGCCGCCGCAGCAGCCCAAGCGUCCGUCGUAAAUUCCCCUACGAUCGACCUAGGUCAGGCGAAAAAGCAAGCCAGCGCAAGUCAGAGGCAGGUCCUUGAAGACAAAGAGAACGGCGGAGCUAGAAUUCUCAAGGAGGAAGCAAGGGAAGAACAAGAGGCCAGGCAAUCAUUGAGACGGAACACGAGACGCAAGAGUGGUUUUGAUGCCAUGUCGAUCUCGGAUCGUGUUGCGGGGAGUCUGCACAACAGAAGCCCUACAAUUCUGCAUGCCGAUGGUGUACACUGA